GCGGAGGAGAGCGGGGGGAAUAUUUUGUUGUUGUUGUUGUUAUAUCCGGUCGGUCGGUCGGUCGGUCGGUGAGCAUGGCUCUUAUGUUGUUGUUGGGGUCGCUACAGGUCAUUUUGGCGUGCAAGCAGUCUGUCUCUCAACUUCGCGCGAGGAGUCCCAGCGCGGGCGGGUGGGGAUCCAGCUACAAACAUUGGAUUAAUCUCCCUUGGAACUGCUUCCCCUUGUAUCCCGGCGUCGCAGGUUUCGCCGGCGAGCCUCUAGAUUCUCCAAGCCAGCAUUAUCGUGUUGCAAAUGCUGCUGCUGUCGGUCGGCUUUUGGAGAAUGGAGACAGAGCCUACCGUGCUGGAGGCGUCAAUCCACAUUUCUACUAUUCCAACCACUCAUCCGCCGAAGAAUUCAAGGCUUCUCAUUUCGUAAAAUUUGAGGAUACUGCUGGUCUAGCUGUCAUGUGGGUCAACCAUUGCUUAACCUUUUGCCGUCUUGAGGAGGUCGGAGCUAGUAUUCUCCCUGAACCUGUGCUUCCCGUCAACAAAUCGGACUUGCAGAUUCCUUUUGCUGCUUGGCAAAAGCUAUAUCAGUCGUGUCUCCAGAAAGAAGAGGAGGGAGUAGCUGCAAAGUGCGAGUACUUCAGGUGUAAAGUACACGACGGCAUAGUUGGCGUGAAGAAGGAAUAAGAUGAUGCAUGGUUCCUUAAGCUGUAGAACGAACAAGCACUGUUCGUUCAAAUGUGUUGUGGAUACUACUUAAAUUAGACGAUGUAGACCUUAUGAAAUGAUUUUCACUCUCAUUCUUUCUUGAGAGAGGAGUAACAAGCAGAAAGGCGAGGAUAGAUAGAGACCUUAGCUAGCUUGUUCGUUGGGAUGCAAAUUGAAUUUCAGGUAUUGUGCUAUACUUGAUCAUUUGUUGCAAGCCAAGCUAUAAGUUAUUUUUCUCAUUCUGUAAUUAGGCAUCUCGUAUCGUAUAGUUUCUUCAUCUUCAAGAUAAUUGAAGUAGGGCUAAAUUAGCUCUCCAGAUUUUA